AAAUUCCAAAGUCCAAACCCUGAAUUUUGAAAUCAAUCCAGCCACUUAUCUCCAAAAGUCCAAAGUCCCGUUUGACGGUUCAGUCACCAAGCUCAAAUCUUAGUUGUGAUUCAGUCACGAUUCAGCGAUUGCUGUUCUCUCUCCAAAACUUAUCUCAAAUCUUUGAUCUUCUUCCAAUCGAGCUGCGAUUUUUUCUGCGGUAAGUAAACAUGAACAAUUGUGAAGACCAGGAGUCCUGGGAGAUCGUUCACAUUCCAGACAAACCGCCCUUUCCUCCUCACCAACAACCCACAGUCAACGUUUAUGCUGCUGUAAUUGAUCCUAAGCACGCCAACACUCUUAUCAGGAAGUUAAAUCAGAUUUUGCCAUUAGAAAACCUACGCCAUGUCAAACGGGUGCGAAAGCAACAUCUUGAUGAAGGAUCCACUCAGUUAUCAGUGAUCUUAUGUUUAGCUGGUGAAAAUAAUAGCCAAGUGGACAUCAUACCUCAAGAGGUGGUUGGGCUAAUAGAUUCUCAUCAGUUGGAUACUUUCAUUACGAAAGUAUGCAGAUAUGCGCCACUAUCGAAAGAAGAAUGGGUAGAACAAUGUAAAUUAUGGCCAACGUCUUUUCAUCCACCAACCUACAACAUCAGUGGCAUUACUGGGUUUUCGCAGGAGGAAUCACAGUUGGUUUGUAAGUUCAUGAAGCUAGCACUUGAUUUGGCAAAAAGCAAAUGGCAGAUGGUGAACGCUGCUGUUAUUGUUGAUCCUUCAACCAACGAAGUGAUUGCGCGCACAUGCGAUCAGGUCUAUUCUUGCAGCUGUCCCAUAAAUCAUGAAGUCACUAAAAAUCAUGACAAUAUGCUUUUAAAUUCUUCAGCUACAGAAGAACCCAAAUUGUCGUUUGACGGGGUUUCUUGUUUAAAUCCUUGGGGAUGGUCCAAUCAGAAGUCAUGUGACAGCUGGCAUCCUUUAAGGCAUGCUGCCAUUGUAGCAAUUGAAGAUUCCGCAGCCAGAGAUAGAAAUCUUUUUCCUGGCGGUCAACAUGAUCUUGCUGAAAUCGAUCAUGUGGAGCCUGCUUUAACAUCUCCUUCUCCAAAGAAACAAAAAACCAUAUCCAUGGAUGUAAACGAUCUCGAGGAGCUAAACUCUCACACAAAUGGCUGCCAUCCUGAGUUAUCCAGACCAUAUCUAUGUACUGGUUAUGACAUUUAUCUUGUUUGGGAACCAUGUGCAAUGUGUGCAAUGGCGCUUGUUCACCAAAGAAUUAAGCGUAUCUUCUAUGCUUACCCAAAUCCAACCGCUGGUGCACUAGGAAGUGUUCACAGAUUACAAGGGGAGAAAAGCUUAAAUCAUCAUUAUGCCGUAUUCAAAGUUUUAUUGCCUCGGGAAUCCCUUAACAGAGGUAUCAUGUCACUCGUUUCAAAAGGUGAUCACGCCAAAAAGCCAUCAAAUAUGCCACAUGGUGUGAGUCUUUAAGAUCGUAUGGCUUGCGUCAUUGUGUCACGCCCUAUAUUAAAAAGGACGAUAAAGGUGCGCCAAUGUGAGUUUGUUAAGAGUUAGCCGGGUUAGUCUUCCUCUUGUUCUUGUUCUUGUUCUUGUGAGCCGGCGACUGUUGAUCUGUAUAACAUUUUGUUCUAGUUUUUAGGAUAAAAUGAUUAGAGAUAUUUGACUUGCAUUUAAUUGACAACCGUAUAUUAUUGCAUAACUUGUUAUUUUUAUAAAACUACCAUUGCCACCCUGCCUCA